UAAAUCCCCACAUCUGUACUGUGUAAUCGAUACUCAUGACCCCUGAGCAUCGAUGAUUAUUCGUCACGUGCUAUUGAAAAUUUUAUUACCGUCUGAUUAUUAGUGACAGAUAAGUCUACGGGAAAGAUAUUUUGAUAUGUAUACACAUACAAUGUACAAAAUAAACUGGAUGAAGUAAAGAUAAACUAGUAAUUGUUGCAAGCAUGGAGAAGCAUAAUGCGUUACUGCAGAUACAUCUGGAAAGACCUCUCUAUGAACAUGAAGCAUUGAACCAAAAUUAUCGUUAUGAGAAACCAAAGUCAUCCUUGAUACAAAGCGCAGUAAAUAAUGUCAGAUCCAAAAGUUGGCGGUCUUGUGUAAUGUCUAUAAUGCCAGCAAUAACUUGGCUGGGUUCAUAUAAUUGGAAUGAAAACAUACUACCUGAUAUAAUCUCUGGCUUAACUGUGGGAAUCAUGCAUAUACCACAAGGCAUGGCCUAUGCACUUCUGGGCAAUUUACCUCCAGUAGUCGGCAUAUACAUGGCCUUCUUUCCUGUCUUAGUAUAUUUUUUCUUUGGUACAUCUAAACAUAUAUCCAUAGGUGAUCAUGUCAUCUGGCCUUUUGAGAAAUUCAUCAUGGCGGCUCUAAUAUGGCGGCGGAAACUGGAAAAAACGAUAGAAAAUCCGUACAUGACUUCCGUACACCACACGAUUACUCAAAUCUACUCCAAAAUGAUCAACCCAAGGUUCUUAAGGAACCUUUGCUGUGGUUUGCUUAAUGACCGGCAAAGUAGUAACAUCUUAUUCGACACCUCCUGUGGACCAAAUAUCUGCAAAUAUCUCAGACGUAGCUUUUCAAAACCUCGAAGAUAUCAAGAAUAUGUAUACGCCAAUGCAGGUAGCGACUGCCGUAACAUUGAUGGUUGGGAUAUUCCAGGCAUUGUGGCAACACUGCUAAGCGAAACUUUAGUGAAUAGCUUUACGACCGGAGCAGCGGUUUACGUUUUACUGUCUCAAAUUAAGGAUCUUCUUGGCCUUAAGCUAUCGAAAAAAAAAGGAUAUUUUCAGCUAAUUUUUACUGUUAUAGACAUAUUUAAAGAAGUGGAAAAUGCAAACAUGGCUGCUGUAAUAAUAUCACUUAUAUCAAUUGUUAUCCUUGUUAUCAAUAAUGAGGUUCUAAAGCCACGAAUAAGUAAAAAAUGCGGCAUGCCGAUACCAAUCGAACUCAUUGCGGUUGUCGGUGGGACGUUGAUCUCGAGAUAUUGCGAUUUACCAAAGAUUUACGAUAUUAAAAUUGUCGGACAUAUUCCUACAGGACUUCCUAAACCAGAAGUGCCGAGUGUGGAAUUAUUGCCUCUAGUAGCAGUAGAUAGCAUUGCGAUAACAAUAGUUUCGUACACUAUCACCGUGUCAAUGGCAUUGAUAUUUGCGCAGAAACUUAGCUACGAGAUAGAUUCGAAUCAAGAAUUUCUUGCGAUGGGCUUCAGUAACGUAGUCGGUUCUUUCUUCUCGUGCAUGCCGAUUUCUGCCUCUCUAAGUAGAUCUCUCAUUCAACAAGCUGUCGGGGGACGUACGCAAAUAGCGAGCGUCGUGUCCUGCUUAUUACUGCUCGUUAUACUUCUGUGGAUCGGGCCGUUCUUCGAACUUCUACCGAGAUGCGUGCUGGCCUCCAUAAUAGUUGUGGCAUUAAAAGGAAUGUUCGUGCAAGCCAAAGAACUCGUGAAAUUCUGGAAACUGAGUAAGUCCGACGCCUCGAUUUGGAUCGUGACGUUCUUAAUAGUAACGUUGAUUAACAUCGACAUUGGAUUACUUGCGGGAUUACUCAUGUCACUCACCAUUAUUUUAUUGCAAACUAUUCGAUCUUACACGUGUCUGCUGGGCCACAUACCGCAUACAGAUCUAUACUUGGAUUUAGAUAGAUAUAAAGCGGCGGAAGAGAUCCACGGGAUCAAGAUAUUUCGCUACAGCGGCACCUUAAACUUCGCCAACAGCAGCCACUUCAAAUCCGUUGUAUACAAGUUAGUGGGAAUAUGUCCGCAGGAGAUAAUCAAACGUAGAAAGAAGCUAGCAGAGGAAGGUCGCUUCUUAGAUGACAAAAACGCUGACGACAAAAACGAAUUGCAAUGCAUCAUCAUGGAUAUGAGCGCGUUAAAUUACAUCGAUCCUAGUAGCAUUCAUGUGUUGCAUGUGAUCGUGAAUGAAUUUACGCAGGUGAACGUCGAGUUCUAUUUCGUCAGUUGUCUCAGUCCUGUUUUCGAGAUGAUAAAAAAAUAUGACACAUAUGUAUAUGGCGCGAUAUCGUUCAAGAUUUUCGCAACCGUACAAGAUGCCGUCGUUUAUUUCCAAAGCGAGGUUUCCGCGAGAUAACCCAGAAUACUUGUUUUCUGUUAUAUCACGUGCAAGCCAUAUUUUUGAUAAUCAUGUUAACGCGCAAUGAUCAGAAGAAAAUAUAUAAUUGUUGUACUUUGCGCUGUCGUUGCUCCUCCGUUUACCUCUAUGAGAUACUUAUAUUUUAUGCAAAGAUACGUUAAGAGAGAGAAAAUAUUUUUUAAUCGGUGCCAAAAAAUUCUCGCAACGAAGAGAACUUCUCGUUGUGAAGAGUCGUAGGUUUACAUUGUACAGAACGUUCUGCAAUUUGCAACUUCAAUUCACGAUAACUUUCCCUAGGAACUUAGGAACAAUUUUUUUACAAUUCCGAUUUUGAAUUGUAAGCGAGCGAAGAGAAGUCGCUAAUUGUCAGACGUUCUACAUAUGUUAACACUUAGAGACUACAUUAGAAACAAAGUGAUACAAAUGUACUUCACAAUUUAUAAAUCUUCUACGAAUUAAUAUACACAAUCAUUAUGUUGGUUUGAGUUAUAAUUAAUGUUGUUUUAUUGUUUUAUUUUGUUGUUUUGUUAACUUUUAUUGUUUUAUUUUGUUGUUUUAUUAACUUUUAAAAGAUUUUAAGCUGUUGUCGAGAAACUUUAAGUUUCUCUACGAUUUCUCGUUUAUUCAAUUUUGAAUCGGCUUUCACCAUUGCAACAAUAUUAUCUUUUAAAACCUGAAACCUUGUUGAGAGCAAGGUUUCUCAUCGAGAUUGAAAUUACUGUCCUUAUAUUUCUUGAACUAUCACUGAUAUUUAGAUAUCUAACGUUUAGAACUUCAGUAGCAUAUAUACUAAAAAUAUUUUUUAUUGCCGUAGUUGCAUUAUUUUCUCUAAAUUCAUAAAACAUUAUACGUGCCUUAAAAGUUCUUAAAAAAAUUCAUUUGAAUAGACGCUAUUAACUUAAUUUUAUAGAAAUAAUAAAAAAUAUAGAAAUCUAAAUAUACAAAUGAAUUUACUAAUUCUUCUAAAUUAUUAUAUAAGCAAUGAAUUUUUAUUUGAUGCAUUGUGCAUUAGUUUGUACUACUUUGUCUGAUAAAGUUAGAAAUGCAUCAAACGGUCACAAUUGCAUAUCACUGCUCAUGAAUUUGCAUAAUAAUCGGUUAUGAUAGAAAUAGAAUGAUAGUAUAAAUAGUAGGCCUUUCAUUAUUAUUUGAAAACAAAUUCUUCCAUUAAAUGUUGAUUGUAUUCCGAAGUGUAUCUAAAAAAAAUGUUUAAACUGUUCUGCAUAUGAGUGUACUGCAGUGUGAAAGUAGCAUUUAGAAAAAAAAAUUACUUAUGACUCAAAUCUAAUGUAAUCUAUAAUAUAAUGAUGUUUAUAUAUAAUCAUUGUUAUAUUAUACAGAUAGUUGCGUUUACUUAGGUUCGAUCGAUUUGAUCGCUACAUUGUGAUGUACUUACAUUGUAUAAGUAAGAAAUGGAAGGAGAGACAUUAUCAAGAAUUACAACAAAUGAUAUAAUCGAGUAAUCGGUCUGUUUAUUUACAGUGAUCACCCUAUGUACAAGGUAACAGUUCCAGGUUACCCUAAGUAACCGUCAUCGCUGAAUUAAAUUAGUUUUAUUGUGUCUUUGAAUUAUAGCUGGCAAUAAUAUCCCUAUAUGUCUAUUCAUAAGACACAAUAGUUUCCUUUUUGUUUUCUAAUUCUGCGGCAGUGUCGCCCCUCAUUGAUGGUGUGUAUCAUAUUGCAGAAUAAAUACUCAAAAAAAAAACAAAAUCGCGAGACAUCAUUUAAUAA